AUGCACGAGCACGAAGGACAACAUAUAUGUCCAAUAUGCGCAAAGACGUUCCCAGAGAAAAACCAACUUGGCAACCACAAGAAGAGUCACGACGGGCCAUUCGCAUGUACCAUCUGUCCGAAAGUGUUCCCCAAACGGGCGGCUCUCACGUCCCAUUCGCGCACUCACGAUCCUUUUCGGCGCACCGUGAAGUGCACAGUGGAAGGGUGCGGGAAGCAGUAUCGCAGAGGCGGCUGCUUGAACCGACAUAUGAAAAGCGCUCAUCAAUCGGGAGAUACUUAUGCAUGUCAAUUCUGCAGGAAGACGUAUCGUCGGUCCGAUCUUAGAGAUCGACAUGAAAAGGAUCAUUGCCACGUCCGGCAACAAGUUGAGUAG